AUGAUUAAGAAUCUGUGGAAUCGUUGACUUGAAAUAUGCUUUGUUAAAUCUCCAUGUUAUUAUAUAUUGUCUUCUCUCCCCGGUGAUAUGAGCCAUGGCGGUGAGGGAAGUGAAACUGUGUCUUCUGGGCGAAACUGCAGUGGGGAAAUCCAGUAUUGUGAUGCGGUUUGUCAAAGAUCAAUUCCGAUCAGCCCUGGAAAGUACCAUAGGUGCAUCAUUUAUGACUAAACGCGUAGAAGUGGAUGGUAAACACUAUGCCUUUCAAAUCUGGGAUACAGCAGGACAGGAAAAGUACAGAGCUCUGGCACCCAUGUAUUAUAGAGGGUCAGCUGCAGCCAUUGUUGUUUACGAUAUAACAAGGGAGCAAACAUUCCGUGCUGUGAAGGAGUGGAUUAGUGAACUGCGGAAGAAUGCCUCUUCAGAUAUAGUGCUAGCAAUUGCUGGUAAUAAAUGUGACCUGGAAGAUCUCAGGGAAGUGUCCUUUAAAGAUGUUGAAGAAUAUGCGAGACAGAGGAAUGCAAUAUUUAUAGAAACGAGUGCCUUGACUGCUGUGAAUGUCCCAGAACUUUUUAUCAAAAUAGCACGACAGCUGCCCCCAGAAGACAUGACGCAUUCUAGGAUGAAUAACAGUACUGUUAAUUUGUAUGAAAAUUCUGAUCAAAAAAGAAAAUGUUGCGGAGGGUCAAGUAGAAAUGAAAUGGGAAGUCGGUCAAGUAUCAUGUGAAUUUUCACUCUGAGACUUUAAUCCAGACUGUAUGAAGUCUUCUACAUUCACAUUCCAUAUUUAUAUGUACAAUAUUCAAUGUCUGAGCUACUUAAUUUUUCUAGUUAUCCAAAAUGCUCUGAUUUAGCUUCACGGCAAUAUGACCUAGUUGCCAAAAUGUUUGAAGUUACCACUCUUGUGGUACUGUGAGCUCCAUUGUUAUGAAAGUAUGAAAGUUUGUAGUAUGGAAGGUUGUUACUUAACGUGUGUGAAAAGACUACAAUGAAGUAACUGUGCACACAUUUGUGUCAAUUAAGUUAUGAUAUGAUUUUAUUUAAAGCAAACAAAAAAGAAAAAAAAUUGAAACAGUUUGGCCGAUAUAUUUCUUAAAUUUUUUAAUUGCUCAAAAUAUGAGAAAAUAAUAAUGCUUAUGACAAUUAUCAAAAAGCUAAAUCAGGAUGGAAUCUUUUUGCUGGUUAAAGAAAAAAAAUGAAAAAAAAUAUCCAUUGAUAUGUACAAAAAAGUCUGAUAUACCUUAAUGAUAUAAACAAAACUUAUAUUAAACAAAUUUUACUGUAAAGGAUAGAAAUAUUUUCCAGUAUCAAGGAACCUGUGAUACACAGAAUUGAUAUGGUAUCCUGGAUUCCUUACUGCUCAUUUUCUGGAUUACCUUCCCUUGAUAUGAUGCAAUGAUACAUUUUCCUUUUCAUCAUUAUUAUUCCAACAUUGAGCAUCUUUUAAAGUUAAAUGUACAAUGUACUUUCUCCUAAUUUAACAUGCUUUGCGUUGUGGAUUUAAAACAGUGGAGCCAUCACCAUUUCUAUAUUAAAUACCUUCCUUACUCAAACAUCUCUUCUUGUUGGGACAUAUUUCUUGGGCAGUAUGUGGUACUAGUUGAAAACUGUUACUAUUUCAAUAUUACCUUUAUUAGCUGUUUUUUGAAAGAUAAGUACAUAAAAAGUGCUUAUAAUAAUUGAUACAUAAUGUCGGACUGAAUCAUUAUAAAUCCUUGGUAAUGUAAUUUGCGGUACAUGGAAAAAUAUUUUAAGGACUGAUACCAUAAUGAUUGGGGUCUUUUGUAAUGGUAGAUGUGUUGUUAUGAUUUGAAUGAAACCAAAAAGUUUAAAUGUAAAUGUUUCAUAAAGUUAUUG